AAGUGUUUUAGUACAAUGCAUACAGAAAUCCAGUCUCCAAACAUAAAAAUAUCUCCCUGUUCACAGGGUACUGUUCGGAGGAUUAUAAUAGAGAAUCCUGAACAGGAGCCAUUGUCUCCAUUUCUGAGAGGAGGAAGCUUUUGCCCAGGAAAUAAUGUUAUUUAUGAAAAGACCAUAAGAAAAUAUGAAUACUUAAAUCCCCAAAAGGUUUCCUACCAAAUUCCUCUGCAAUCUAACCAGUGCCAUGUUCCCCAGACAUGCCAGCAAACUGAACAGUCACAAAUCACUCAGCAGUGCCAACAAACCCAAACUGGUAUUCCCUGUGAAAUAAUUCCAAUCCCUGUGUGUGGUGAUGGUAGAGAAAGGAGCAGGGUAACUGUCCAGACAUGUGAACCAGUGCCAUGUCCUCAGCAAUGUAUGCCAUGUCCUCAGCAAUAUAUGCCAUGUCCUCAGGAAUGUAACGACCAGCUGGAUUGCCGAUAUUUUGGAGAACUACUUGCUGAACUGAACUGCAAGAGUAAUGACCUGUACAGCUGUUUACUGCAGCAUGUGGACAAGCUAGGAAGGAGGAAACACAACAUUGAAUCUCACAGUGAAAUUGAAGACAUUGAAUGUUUGAUUCCUAAAGGAUUAUCAGAAUCAACAAAGCAGUUAAUUCGUUAUAUCCUUCAGAUGAGAGUGACAUCAGAUAAAUCGCUGAGACUCGUGCUUUCUACUUUUAGCAGUUUGCGAGAGGAGCUUUGCCAUCUACAAGGUGAUUUAGGGAAACUAGAAACUGAAAAUAUGUUGCUCAAGAAAGACCUUGCUUUUAAAGAAUCUCAGGCAAAGGAAUACGAAACACUGUUGGCUUCUCUGAGAGAGAAUAAUCGCCAGCAGCAGCAAGGACUCCGAGAAAAUAUUGCAAAAUGUCGCUCACUGGAAGAACAGAUCCUUUCUCUCCGCCAUGGUGAGGGAGAGAAGGAGUGUCACUUAAAGGAACUAGAGUACAGUAAACGUGCCUUGGAACAAGAGAUCCAGAACCUGAGAAGGCAGACUUGUUCUAGUUCAGUGGUACAGUCUGCCACAGAUGAGCUCUCCAGCCGUUAUGUGGAAAUGAUUAACAACUUGAGAGAAGAUAAAGAUAGAGUGAUCUGCAAUCUUAGGUCUCAAUUAAGUCAAUACCAGCAAGAUGUUUCAAAAAGAAACGAAAGUAACAGUGACUUACAGAUAAAGCUGCAUGAACUGAUUUCAAAGUUGGAAGACAAAGAAGUUUUUAUUAAACAGCAGGAAGAGGAACUCUUCAAAUUGAAAAAUGGAAGACUGUCAUGCAAUCACUGUCCAGGUGUAACAAGGACUGUCAAUAUCACCAGGUACAGGAACCAGUAUCCAAUUCUUGGUCUCUUGUCUGAUGACUUCAAAGCUACAUUACCAGGCAAUCAAUCUUGCACUACUGUAGUUGAGAGGACUGGAGAUAGUUGGAAACGUGAAUGCUUCACUUCCACUUAAAGAACUACUUCAUUCAGGAAUGAACGAAUCCGUUUGGAGGUCGCAGCUGCUCAAAGGAGUUCUCACCAAAUGAUCGUCCUUGCUUUGCUUUCUGCUGUCUUUCAGCCAGUAAAAGGUUCAACAUGAAAUUCAGAAGUAGGUGUUAGGGGGAGACAUUAAAGAGAAGGAAAUAAUGGAUUUAAAGGAGGCAUGAGCUUUCAUUGGAGCAAUUGAUUAACUUCUGCUGAAGAACAUGCAUUUUUUUCAUCUACUGAAAAGCACAAAUUCAGUGGGAGGAAAGGGGGGGGCAAUGAGUGGCAGUGGCAUUUAACUCUCUGUGUCAUACUGAGAAACUCUAUGGGCUGGAUGAUCCACUUCCACAGUGCCUUGAUUUAGUGUGUUCAUCUCUAUGGUGAAUUAUAAAGACCAUUCAGUUUUUCCUGAUGAUAACUGAGUAGUUUCUGUUCCUCUUUUUUACUACUUAUCUUUACAUGUAUUAAAUUUAUACGGUAUAAAAAAUGUUGUGCCUUUGCUGCACAUAUACAAGAUUUUUCAAGUAGUGAAAUCUCAUAACCCUAUUUGAAAAUAUUUUGAUUUCACUAAUCUUAGGUUGGCUCCAGUCCUGCGUUUGUUUGCCCUAUCAAUAUUGAGAUAAAAUGUCAAGUUAACAAGAAGCACAGAUUAUAGAACUGCUUGAAAUUUUAAUUGGUGACAUUUUAUAUACACCUUGUAUCUAUCUAAAAUUACCUACAAAACAAACGCAUCAGAAUUAGAAAUUAUAGGUUACCAAAGUCAUUAUAUUCUUUGCUUUGUGUAAAUUUGCUUGUAAUUACUUCUGGCCUGUAUUCUGUCAGCUGCUGAGGGGUUUUUUGUGCAAAACAUAUCAUAUUUAGCAAAAUAAUCCUGUAAACAGUUAAAGAAAUAUAUAUAUGAGAUUAUGUUGGAAUAGAGAUUUUUGGAUUGAACCUUUACUGAAAAGCUGUGACUAUCCUUACCAUAUAUCUUUUGCUUAAUAUAAAAAUAUAUUAAGUUAUAUAUAACUUAUAAAUUUCAAGUACAUGGUUUAUGGUUUCUUUCUAUAUAGAAACAUUUAGAAUAAAUACAGCUCUUGGGCUAAAUUCUGUAACUGGAGAAAAACUUCCUCUUAAUUCACUAGAAAGUUUUGCUUCAUUCAGGACUACAGAGUGUGUCCCGAUUUAUAUAUAAUUUUAAAAAGUCUAAGCGAUAUUGUUAGUUUUAGAAAAUGAUAUACUAGUUGUAUAAGAUUUAGGGGGAAUUAAGGAGAUAUAUAGAGUACUUUAAAUGGGUGCUACUAUGGUAUCACAUUUAUAAAGGUUUGCUUUUCUAUAUAAGUACAUCCACUUCAAGAAAUAUUCAUUUGGAAACUGUUUUGUAUCUGACAUGUAGGUUGGUGAAAGAGCCCUUGUGAGCUAGUGAUGAUAAAAGCUUUGAAAUAAACAUUCCUGAGUACUAAGAUG